AUGGAUGGAUUCAGUCUUUUACCUGACGAUACCCUAUCGAAGAUAUUGUCGUUUCUUGAGACAAAAGAUGUUAUGCAAACUAUGCUUUUGUCCAAACGCUUUAAGUCUCUCUGGAAGUUGGUACCAAGACUUGAGUUCGAUGAUAUGAGAGUUACGGAGCAUGAAUAUGCAAAAUUUUGGCGGUUUGUGGACAGAGCGUUCAUGUCACACGAAGGUCAGGCUCUACAGAAUCUGCAUCUCAAAUUAAGGCGACAAUGCACAGAUGGAGAUGUAGCGAUUUGGGUUGGAACCGCGGUGAAACGUGGUCUAAUGGAGCUGGAAUUCAUGAAUUAUAAUUUUUCGUGGACAGCCUCAAUGCCGAAAAGCCUGUAUACUUGCGGAACACUUGUGGUUCUGAAACUGUUAAACGUUAAAUUAGAUGUUCCUGAUCUGGUUUGUCUAAGGUCUCUGAAAACUUUAUCCCUCAAAUAUAUGAAUCGCUCUGAAGGGAGUUCUUCUUUACUUAGACUUUUACCCAACUGUCCUGUUCUUGAAGACUUGUUCAUACAUCUAACUCCAUAUCCCAACCCCGCUAUGCCUUUCAAGAUUGUUGUGCCUUCCUUGAAGAGAUUAUCUUUGUUCGACUCAUGUCAAGAUUCCGGAAUCACGGGACUUGUGUUAGAUGCUCCUUGUCUGAAAUUCUUGCACGUUGUAGAUCGUUGGAGCCAUUCACGUAAUAGCCAGAGUAUUAACAUGAAUGAGGUCGUGGAGGACAAUAUGGGGGUUAUUCUCAACCGACCCGAGAAGCUUCUGCGUUCUCUUGCUUCCGUCGAGCAUAUUCUUUUAUGUUUAUCCGCUCCAGAGGUUGUGUAUCCUGUUGGUAGUUGCUUCAGUAGACUCAAAUUUUUGGAAGUGUGUCCAUGCAAAUCAGAGUGGCUUGAUCUAUUUAUGCGUCUGCUCAAAGAUUCGCCUAGCGUAAAGUCUAUCAAAAUCAACCGGUGUCAUUGUGUGCUAUAUCCUCCGCGGCCUUAUAUCCGGCCGCACUGGAAUCGACCGAGCUCUGUUCCAAGAUGUUUGUCGUCGAAUCUUGAAUUUUUCAAGUGGAUUAAUUACGAAGGAACGCAAGAAGAGAAAGAACUUUCGACAUAUAUCUUGAAAACCGCAGUUUGUUUGAAGAAGGCGAGUUUCACUGCUAAAUCCAAUGAUGACAAGAAGAAACUGGAGUUGCUCCGGGAGCUAUCCUUGUCGCGUAGGGCUUCUUCCACUUGUGAGCUUGUGUUUAACUGA